CAAAACGCAAUCCAAAAAUAAAAAAUAAAUAAAAAAAGUUCAACCAUGUGCUGCCUAACCAAAGUGUUGAUCGGGAUCGUUGGCUUCCUGUCGGCGGUGGCCGCCGCCGCCCACUGGGACCACGCGGUCGACCUGGACGAGAACUAUCGGCUGCUGUGGAGCAUCAGCCAGCAGGACAUCACGUUCGAGGUGCAGGCCCGGACGCACGGGUACGUCGGGCUCGGGUUCUCCACCGACGGUACCAUCUACGGUGCGGAUGUUGUCAUCGGGUGGGUCGAGAAUGGGCAGGUUCACUUCCAGGAUCGACACUUUAAGCAAAACAGUAACGGUGAGCCACAUGUGGACCUAUCGCUGGAUUACGUGCUGCUGCUAGGGUACGAGAAUGCAACCCACACCGUGUUGCGGUUCCGCCGGAAGCUCGAUACAUGCGAUACAGCCCAAGAUGUCCCGAUUACGAAUGACACCAUCCGUAUCAUCUACAUGUACCACAACAACGAACCAAGGAAUGGAUCCCAAGCGAUAGGCACACUGCCCGAUCCGACCGAAGCGUUUAAAGAUUCGGUACCGAUCUUUCUAACGCAACGUGUCAAUCAGGUGCCGAUUGAGCUCGACUCCCGUACGCGAACGCUUGAGCUGAGAAACAAGGAUGUUCCGAUACCGCAGACGGACGAUAAUCUGCGCUGGUGCACGAUGUACAAGUUGGACCAGUUCGUGCGGAAACAUCACGUGAUUCGGUACGAACCAGUGAUUGAGUCGCGAUCGAACAUCCCACACCUGAGACACAUCAUCCUAUACGAGUGUCAGGGCUCAACACCGGAGCUGGAGAUCAUGUCCAGAGAGUUUGGUCGAUCGUGUAUGGAGGCGGAAAAGGAACUGCUGACGUGCAACUCGAUCGUUGCAGCAUGGUCCCGAGGCUCGGAGGGUUUCACGUAUCCGCUCGAGGCUGGGUAUCCACUCGAUUCGUACCAGGCCCGGUUCUACAUGAUGGAAACACACUACACUGGCUUCCAGAGUAAUUCGGUCGACCUGACGCCACGCGUCGACAACUCUGGCCUCCGGCUGUACUACACCACCACGCUGCGCAAGCAUGAUGCCGGCGUGCUGUCCGUCGGCAUGCAACCGAACUGGCGUCACAUUAUCCCGCCCGGGCAGGAUCGUGUCCUGUCCGAGGGUCACUGCAUUGAGGAGUGUACGCAGCGCGCUUUCCCAAGGCCCGGUAUCAACAUCUUCGCGGUAAUGAUGCAAACGAACGGCAUGGGACGUCAGAUACGCUUCCGGCAGGUUCGGCACCGCGAGGAGCUAACACCGAUCGCACACGACGCAAACGUGGAUGCAAACUACCAAGAGUACCGUCGGUUGCAUACCCCUGUGAAAGCGCUCCCGGGUGAUCGAUUGAUCGCGGAAUGUACGUACGAUAGCACCGGACGGAAACAGAUCGCGCUCGGUGGCUAUUCGUCGCGCGACGAAACUUGCCUAGUGUUGAGCUUGUACUAUCCGCGCCAGAAGGAACUGACCUCGUGCCAUUCGAUACCGAGCCUGCCGACGGUGUUGCGGGCGGUCGGCAUUAAUGAGCUGGCGGCCGGAACGAAUCCGAUCCGGAUUGCAUCGCCGCCGGAAAUUGCUGGUAUGACGCUCGAGGAACGGUUGCUUACCUACGAUUGGCGCGUCAACUUCAACGACUUCCAGUACGUGGUGCGGAAGGGUGCGUUUAAGCCGCUGUGUUGGAGCGCUAGGAAUACGCCCAUUCCGGGCACCGAUAAUGUGGAUGCGUACGCACCGAACCUGACGAAAAUCUGGCGCCCGAUGGCAACGUGCAGCUUCAACGGUGGUGGUACGUCGGCCCAUUCCGGCCUUGGUGGAGCCGGUGGCGGUAGUUACAGCGUCAAUCGGUUCGUUACCGAGCGUGACAUCAGCUUGGACCGUCCGCUGGACGAUGCGGACGAUGACCGGUGGAACGUGAUAGAGGGUGCUGCACGCAGUAAAUCCAUCCGUAGUUCGGCACCAUCGGCAAACCUGGCUAGCGGCGUAACGCUAGCGGUGGCCGUUUCGCGGUUAGUGCUGUUUGUGAUCUUUCUCAACACCGUCAGGUUACUGUGAGGAGGGGUAGCAGAUGGAGGAGUAGCGUUACCGGAGUGAGGUAGGAGGGUGAGUGUGAACAACGUGAUAAGGUGAAUACAGAAGCUGCCACCGUGGAAAAGGUAGGAGAGACAAGCAUGGAGUCGUGUGCGGCACGUGAUACUAAGACUGGGUCUAAAUAGAAAUUUGCGAAUGAUUUACAUGUGUAUAUAGUGUCAAAUUUUAGGGCAUAGUAAUAGAAUCGUAGCUAGGUAGGUGUUCCGUUUUCCUC